GUGGCUUCAGCGGCUCGCGGGGGUGCUGUUAAAGGCCCCGCGGCGCGGCCGGGCGCUGUCGCCGUGCGCCAUGGCCUACCAGGGCUUGGCGCAGGAGUACCUGGGCAUGCCGGCCGUGACGCGCGCCUACACCACGGCCUGUGUGCUUACCACCGCCGCCGUGCAGCUGGAGUUCAUCACCCCCUUCCAGCUGUACUUCAACCCCGACCUCAUCUUCAGGAAGCUCCAGAUAUGGAGGCUGAUCACCAACUUCCUCUUUUUUGGGCCCCUGGGAUUCAGUUUCUUUUUCAACAUGAUAUUUCUGUACAGGUACUGCCGCAUGCUAGAAGAAGGCUCCUUCCGUGGAAGGACGGCUGACUUUGUCUUCAUGUUCCUCUUUGGAGGGUUUCUCAUGACACUAUUUGGUCUCUUUGCCAGCCUGUUUUUCCUGGGCCAGGCUUUCACCAUCAUGCUGGUGUAUGUGUGGAGUCGCAGGAACCCUUACAUCCGCAUGAACUUCUUCGGGCUCCUUAACUUCCAGGCCCCUUUCUUGCCCUGGGUCCUGAUGGGCUUCUCCCUGCUCCUGGGCAACUCCAUCAUUAUUGAUUUGCUGGGAAUUGCAGUGGGUCAUAUCUAUUAUUUCUUGGAAGAUGUCUUUCCCAACCAGCCUGGAGGAAAGAAGUUGCUUUUGACUCCCAGCUUCCUGAAGAUGGUAUUUGACACACCUGAAGAGGAUCCAAACUAUAACCCCCUCCCUGAGGAUCAUCCCGAAAACCAACCUGGAGACCAAGACCAGCAGCAGCGUCCACUGUAGCAGAGGACUUCAUUGUGGCUGGAUUCCUCUCUUCUGGCUGGACUUACGCUGUGCCCCAGAGAUCUCACUGGAAUAAUACCAGUUGCCAUUCUGAUGUGUCAUGCUUCACUGUUUGUAUGGGUAACCCAUCUUCCUCUUGUACUAAGUGGUUCUGCAAAGCUUUGCACGUAAGAACUGAUGAAUCCUUGUGGAGGUGUUCUAGGGAGAGGGGCUGGAGGUUAUGUGAUGGCUCCUCAGCUGCCUGGUGGGGAUAAGUAUCAAAUGGGGUGUGAAACUGGUUACUCAUUCUCUUGCUGUUGAUGGCUUGCUGCAUGGCAAGUCACUUCUGGCCUCUGUACAAAGACUGAUGCUCUCUGCUCUCACGGUUGUGAGACAUCUUUGUGGGCUUUCAAACAAGUCGUGCACCUUGUCACGGUGAAGCACAGCCAAGUCUCCCAGGCAAAAACCUACCAUAGUGGAAUGCAGCUCAACUACUCCCUUCCCUCUGAGUCCCCCACCCUUUCUCAUUGUUGUUUCCAAAGAGUCUUUACAUUAAAGUCUUUAUUUUUCA